AUGCCGUGGCCACAUGAACUCUUCAGCGCAGUCUACAAGCAUUUCCCCAAGGAGUGGAUCGCCCGCAUCCGCGGCGUAGCUGACCUCGGCGAUUUCUGGCGACGAAAGAGCUACCAGCAGUCUGCUGACAUCUACUCCUUCUGCAGCCUUGUGGCCCAGGGAUCCACCAAGGAAACCAACUUCAUUGUGGCCAUGCUCUUCGCCCGAUCGCAGGUCUGGCCUGAUGUUGAUGACAGAGGGCGUCCUCACGAAGCUGGCACCACCGCAGCGCGCCUCGCAGGCAGCCCGCUGGCAGACGGCUACCGCGGCGUGGUAUUCCUGCUGCGCGGCGACCUUGACUACUUAUCCAAAUCCUUGGAAUUGCAGCACGCUUCCGCCUCGCAGCCUUGCUGCCUCUGCCUCGCCGACCGCAGCGCGGGCUUGAACUUCCUGGACUGCCGGCCAGGUGCCCGCUGGCAGUCCUCCGUUCACACCACGCCGGUCUGGCAGCGCCGCUUUGGCAGCGCCAGCCAAAACCCACUGUGGCGCGCGCCCGGCAUCACGGCGAUGUGCUACUACCCGGACGUGAUGCACAACAAGCACUUAGGCAUGGAUGCGUACUUCCUCGGCGGCGUUCUGAAAGUAAUGCUUCAGUACGCUCCCCUGCCGCAAAUCUUCGAGCAGUGCAAAGCCCACUGGAGAGAAGCCAGGGAUGGCAACCACUUCGGCCAGCUGCGGGAAACCAUGUUUCUGGGCAAGCGGGGCGAUUACCCCAAACUUAAAGGCAAAGCCGCAGAGGUUCGCUCAAUGACGCCGGCCUUGCUGGUUGCAUGGCGCCGCCUGCGAGAAGCGCACGGCCUCCGCAGCACUUACGCUGAGCAGAUCGAACUUGGCUUGCAGUGCAGCAAGGACAUCGACGUAAUUCUCGACGAAGCUCGUGGUGAGCUCUUCUUUGACGACCAAACGCACGAGCGGUAUGUCGAGCUGCACUACCACUACGCUGCCAUGCAGACAGCCCUUCAUAAGCGCCACUGGGAGCAAGGCGAACGCGUGUUCAACGUCACAAUCAAGAUGCACUACGCCAUCCACGGGGCGCUUCUGAGCAAGCACUGCAGUCCGAGGCUGUCCUGGUGCUACAGCGGGGAGGACCUCAUGCAAAAGGCAAAGGUCGUGCUAGCUGCGUGCCGCUUGUCGCUCCGACUUGCAUUUGCUUGUUUGCGUUUAUUGCUCUGCGGUCAGCCGCCCUAG